AUGGGGGCAUGCCCCGCUCACGCUCCCCUGGGACGGACCCGAGGACUGGGCUUCGCUCUCCCGAAAGGAUGGGGACGCUCUGGACGGGUACAACCCUCGAAUGGGCCCCAAGAAACACACAGAGUGCCCGAAGGGGGGAGGGGGCUGAGGCUUCCAAGUGGAAGACGGAGAAAAUACCCCCGUCUCUGUCACCGGGAUCCCUGCCCCCCAGCGGCCACGGAGCUCCCGGUAACCUUCCCUCCAAACGCCCUCCCCAUACAAACACACACAAAUACACCCAUACCGUGCGCCGCAGCCUCGCGUGGCGGGGAUUUGGGGGGAGGACUCAGUCUGGGAGACAAGGGAGCGGGCUUCCCUUUCAGGCCGGAAGUCGUGCUCCGGAGAAACUCUUCCCACCCACGGGAGACCCAGAGACUCCCACGGGGAGGGCUUCCAGCAUCCUCUAGAGAUCGAAAGGUGCGGAGGGGAGGCGGGCGCCCUCCUGGAAAAGAAGCGGGUCGGCCUCGGCUGAAAAGCAAGCCCGACACCAGAAGGGGGGAGACUCCGGAACUGGAUGUAAAAGUCCUUUCUUCCUGGAGCUUUCCGGACCCAAUUAGAUGUUGUACCCGGUCCGGUUACCCUAGUAACAGGCGUCGCGGUUCGUCCAGGAGGAGAGAAGAGUCCUGUCUUUCCACAGACUCAAGAGGCCUGUUUACCUCAAUCAUGGAGUCGUCCUCAAAGGGUCUGCUCACCCAGGUUACUCAGUUCUGGAACCUCCUAGAUGAUCUGGCUGAAACUAAUCCUGAGAGCUACGAGAAGUUCAUUCAACAGCAGCUGAAAGAAGGGGAACAGCUCUGUGCCACCCCAGAACCACAGCUCUGUCUACAGACCAUGAUCCUGAAACCAAAGGAAAAAGUACUUUUUAUUAAUCUGUGUCAGUGGAAAAGGAUCCCAGCUCCCCAGUCAACCACUCAUCCAGUACCUCUAAGUGUUGGCAGACCAGAAGAUAUGUCUGAGACAUCAGAUGUUUAUACAGUCAUCGAUGUUGCCUACAAUCCUGAUGUUCUCCAGGCAGCAGAAAAGGACCAAGUGAAAAAAGAUCAAUUAAUACGGAUGACCAUGAAAUGCAUUGAGGAAAAAUUCCAGUUCACUCUCUCAUACUCUUACAGUAUCACUAAAUUUAGAAUAAAAGGAAGCAUUCAAAGGAUGAAACAAAAUCUGAUGGGAAUGCAAGCUGACCCCACAGAUUUAAGAGAGAAAAUGAGAAAGGAACUAACCCCUGAACAGAUAAGUAGGACUGUGAGCAAUUCAGAUCACUUUCAGCUUUUAUUGCCAAAAGGUGAAGUUUCAAGUAAAACACGGUGUCUGAUUGAGGAGAUUUCCAGUACAGAGAUCCAGGUAGAGAUGAAGGAACCAGCCUAUGAAUUAAAAAUUGUGGCUGACCAGAAUGAGAAACCUCUGGAAAUUGAAAUAAAAGUUGAAUUACCUGGUAUUAAUUCAGUAUCUCUCUGUGAUCUUAGUGUUUCUGAGGAUGAUUUAUUGAUUGAGGUCUCUGAGAAGUACAGAUUACAUCUGAAUCUUCCGGAAUCUGUGGAUACUGAAAUGACUACAGCCAAAUUUAUCAAAGAGAAAGCUACCUUAAUCGUCACAAUGCCAUUGGUGUAAGUCAAGAGCAUCAUCUGCUUUGGGUUUUCAGUGAUAAAGGCAUGUGAAUGAUAGGACCUUCAUUAUGGGUGAAGAGGUAGUGGUUUACCUUAAACACUAGUAUUUUCUAAGAGUUCUUUUUGAUGGAAUGAGAUUUUCUCAUCAACUUAAUGUUUAUCUUUUUUAACUUUCUCCUCAAACUUGGCUAGAAGCAGAAACUAUUAAAAACAGUAUUGCCGUGAUAUACUUGUUUUGAAGCUAUUUCUAAAUGGUCUUAAAGUAACAAAUUGUCAUUUGGGAAAAUUCUAUGUUUCCAAGUAAAUUGUGAAAAUUCUUGGUUUACUGGUUGAAAUUCUGGUUUACUUGGUUGUCUCUAGCAAAUUUUUGCAUCAGGAAUAAAUCUCAAACUGUAAAUUUUCUAUUACCAAGAGGAACUGAAGCAGUGAAAGUUUCCUCCAGCUAUAAAGUUACAGGGCCAAUGUACUAGUAUGCAAACUUCUGUACUUCUAUAAAACAGUUCUCAUGGGAGGAGUCCAAGCUACCCGUCAGACCUUCUAAUAUCAAAUAUAGACUUGUCUGUGGACUGGAUACCAUGAUGCAGUAACAAUAACAAGAUGUUAUUGUACAGAAGAUGCAAAAUAAAUCUAACCCUAAGAAAAAGGAUGUGACUUUGGGACAAGUGCCUUUCUCCUAUGAAAAUAAUUUUGACAGAAGGAUGUAUUUAUCAACUUAAUCUGUCAGAUGGUUGUUCAAUACAGAAUUAUUAACUUUGAUGUUUAAGCAUCCUUAAUCAUCUUUCCUAGAUACAGUACAGCUUUCUUGUAAUAGUUUCUAGUUCAACAUAAUGUCUUUAAAGUUCUUAUUAAUUUUAAAGCUUUUUAACUUUAGAAACUAGUAUAUAGAAGAGAAGCAAUUGGUAUGUGAUACUUAAAAACAAAUAUAAUUUUCUUAAGCCUGGUCGGGUUUGAAUUCUCCCAGCAACAGGAAAAUUUACCAUCUGAAGAUUUUCUAGAACUGUAUGAUGUCCUAAAGUUAACACCCCUAUUAUAGUCUCAUCCCUCAAAAAACCUUGGAAUGCUUUCACCUUACCUUCUCUUCUACAAAAUCACCGUCACUGCUUGGCCUACAAACUCUCAUACCUAAGCACACAGAACUGGUUGAAUCUGCUCUGGCACCCUUGGCACUUGGGUGUUACUUUUGUCAGCAGCUGUGUGUUUGUGUACUCAUUAAUAAAAUGCAUAUCAAGAUCUAGCAUUUUUUAGAUUUUAAAUUUACAUCCUUGUUACUUUCCAAAAUAUUUUACUUAUUUCAAUGGAUUUUUAUAUUCAUAGAAAUUUCUCCUCCUCCUCCCUCUCCCCCAAAAUACCAAACUUUGCCCAGGAAGAACAUUAAUAACUGUGGAGUAGUUCAAUAUGAAUCUUACCAAAAUUUUUUUCCUUGAAACUGGAAAGUGAGAUGGAUAUUAAUUAUCCUUGAUUUAGAGACUAGAUUUUUCUACAAGCUUGGUUUUAUUUAUUUUUUUUAAGAUUUGAGAGAGUGUCUGUGUGUGAGCAGGGCGAGAGGCAGAGGGAGAGGAGCAGACACCCGCAGUGCAGGGCUCAGUCUCACCCCUUGAAGAUCAUGACCUGAGCUGAAACCAAGAGUCAGAUACUCAGUCAUCCGAGCCUCCCGGUGCCCCUACCAACUUGGGUGGUUAUUCCCCGUGUAGUCCAGGGUUUGUGCAUUGCUAGGUAAGGCUCCUUGGAACACAUUCACAUGAUCUCGGGCUACUUAACUCCCUUUUCAGACCACGCCUUGGGAAACCGUAACUGCACUCACAAACCUCGGGAUGGGUGUAAAAUAUCGAGUACGGCCAGAUUACGCUUUCACCUUGCUGCGUGGCACACUCCAGCAUGAGGUGCUUCAGCAACUCCUUGAGCUUAAAGUGUUAGAUUAUAUCCUCCUAAACUCAGUCCUUUAUUUUACUAAUUCUACACGCUUCAAAUGCAUUUGUAUUAAGAGUGUACACGUAUAUAGCUACCUCUGGCUUUAGCUUAAUGCGAAAAAUAAUUACCAACAGGUCAAAAAUUAGACAAGACACACUGAAAACAGUUUAAUUUUUAAAUAAUUUCAACCAAAAUUUUUAACUUUUUUUCUUUCAGUUCUGGUAAGAGAAAUAGACUGAAUCCAUUUAGAUUUAUAAUUCAGAUUAUACCUCAGGUUAAUUUUUAACUCAGAAUAAUUUUUAUUAGAAGACAACCUUUUAUUAUUCUUUCAAGGGAACAACAGACAGAGCCAUAAGCAUUUGCUAAGAAUGAAUUAUCUCUGAAGUUUCACGUAUCUGAACCAGAUGUGGCUCAUACUGAUGGUCCCUUGCGAUAAGCUUGUUCCUUCUUCAUAAUCUUCCAAUUCAAGCUAACAUUACUAAUUACUGAAAAAUCAAUUUAAUGUACCAUUUUCAUAAUACAGCAAGGGAAAAUAUUCUGGAAUAUAUGCAGUGUCACUUCUGCACCAUGUAAUAAAGAACAUUUAGAAACAGAUUCAACACCGAAAGACCUAAAUUUCAGAGGACUGCUCCACAUAUAUACACAGCAACACUGGUUAGAUUUAUUUUAAAUAGUCAUAAUUCCAAAUAAUUUAUUAAAACACAUUAAUAGAAAGUCUGGAAUUGUGACAAUAUUCCAAAUUCAUUUUUAUUAUCCCGAGUAUCACCUCCUCCACUCCCCCUCCCCUAAGAAAGGCAAACUGUAACAAAAAGGAAAAAAAUAUUUAGGCUGAUAAGGCAGCAAGCAACCUAAACUAUUUUUUUUCUUUCCAAUAGGAUUUUAGGACUUUCUUAAUGUACAUGAGACAACAUCGGGUGGAAAAACAGAACACUUUCUUGUACACACUGAACAUUUUUUACUUAAUCCAAGUAGAAAUGACCACUUCGCUUCUAAUCUUUUAGCAUUCCCAACUGCUUACCAGUGUCUAUCUCCCCCUCUUCCUUUCAGACAGGAUUUGGUGAUAAAUGGACUUUGGCACACAUCUCACUAGAAACCAUAUUUUACAUAUGUACACUUAUUCCACAGUUCCUUGAUACAGUUUUCCAAAGUUAUAUGAGUAACAGAUUCUGAUAAUUAAGUUCAUUUGCAAAUAACCACCAAUUAAUCUUCGAGGAAUAAUUUCUACUUUUUGUUAAAUUCUAUAAACAUAUUCUUUUAUUUGGAGGUAAUUUUAAAUUCUCUCAAAAUUAUGUAUGUAAGUUGUUUAAAUAAAUACCCACACAAAUUCUCAUUUAUGCCAAGUAGCUGGUUUAUAUAGAUCUUCAUCUCAAGAGGCAAAACAACCAUUUCAGGAUUCAUAGAAAAAUAAAGGACAGCUGGUUGAAGAAGUCUAAGAAAAAGUUAACUUUUAAAAUUUCACUUAUUUUCCUUGAAGUUCUCUACCCUUCCCAUCCAUGAUAAACCAAGAUCAUGUCACAGAAAAAUUUAAAUUAGGGUUAAAUUCCAAAAUCAAGCUUCAAUUCAAACCCUUUCUCUAAGAGAACGGACUUCUCUUUCCCUCAAAUAUGAGCAAAACAUUUGAGGCAAUUAAAUUUCAAAACCUCAAGGAUUCAUCCAGAUUACCUUUAUAUAUGUUUCAAUAGGGAACCAGAAUUCUCC